UGUGACGACAGCGUUAGCGUAUAGAUAUCAUUUUGUUGAGAAAAUUUCGAAAAAAUCAACACGGUACCACCGCAUAAAUCUACAAGAGAGUUGACCAAUUGUAGCAAAAAUUUAAGAAAUACCUCGGAAAAUCUGGAAACACUCUAUAUAUUUUGUUGUUGCCUGAACUUGGAACAGAAAAAGAAAAACACACAAAAGGUAAACAAUGAAUAUGAAAAGGAAAUAUGCCACUUUGACAACCACCUCGGGCGGUACUAUCAAAGAAGAGGUGGUGCCUGUCUUAAUACACGAUCCCAAUUCGGGUGAAGAGCCACAGUAUGCCUAUGCUACAUUUGCCACUAGUGAAGAAGCAGAGGCAGCUGUUGCUUCUUUGCAUCAUAGAGGUGGACAUCAUCAGGAAGUGGUCGAUGCUCAAGAGGUAAUAAUCGAUGAACAUGGCAGGGCGGUGGCCAUACAUCAAAUUGUCACCGAAGAUGGCAAUUCUGUGGAGGAUGAUGAAGUUGGCGACGAAUCUGAGAGUGGUCAUACCAUUCUACACAUAGUACCUACUGGCGAGGAGGAUGAGGAAGGUGGUCAUGAUGAGAGCUUGGGCAGUACUGAGGAAUAUGAAAUCACCGAACAAAGCAAUACAGAUAUGAAUACUAUGCGCAAUAAUAAAACAUUUUAUUGUCCCAAUUGUGGCAAUUGCUAUAGUGCAGCCGGUUCCCUUAAGCUGCAUAUGCGUGCCUGCAUGCGUCAAAAGGAAGAAGUGCCUGAGGAGGAUAGAAAAUGUAAAAUUUGCAAUAGAGUUUUCAAUUCUCCCAGUUAUUUAAAAGAACAUUUAUUACGCCAUACCGGUGGAGGCCCUAAACGUUGUCCCCGCUGUUAUCGUAAAUUCAUCGACGAGGAAAAGUUUAAGGCUCACAUGGAACAGCAUAAGCAUCAGGAGAAACUGGAGGCGGAGGCCGAAGCCAUUAGUGCCCAACAUAGUGGCAAAAAGGUAGUAGUCAAGGAGUACACUUGCUCAUUUUGUUCGCAAAACUUUACCGUGGUCUUUGAGGCCGGCACCGUUAAGCGUCGUUAUGCCUGCGAUCCUUGUCGUGAGAAAUUCUCAAAUGCCGAAAUGCUUAAGCAGCAUAAACAAAUGGUCGAAGAGAAACGUGAAUUCUCCUGCGAACGCUGUGGUCGUAAAUUUGUCUUUGAGGGUUUCUUGCAGCGUCAUAUACCCACUUGUGAUGGCACCAUUAAACGGCGUCGUGACAUGAAGUAAUUCCAUAAUUCUCUAUGGACUAAUCCUUUGUUUAUACUUGAAAGGAUCUAUUUAAAUCUAUGUCGUAAAUUAAUUUUGCUUAGUUUUUCUUCUCUCUUCAGUUUUGCUGUAAAAUCUACUAUUAUUACAUUAAUAAGAAAUUUUUCUACAUUUUAGAUUAAAACACAAAAAAUAAUACA